CUACCUCUAACACAGAUAUACAGAUUAAAAACUUGCUCAAACACCUCGUAGCCUCACUCCUGUUCCGGACUUAGAGAGAAAAUCACACCCUGUGUUUGUAAAGCUCAGCGUGAAGAUGAAACUCUGCGCAGAGCCAACCUUCUUCCUUCUAGUAUCUGCGUUGUGUUUGUGCGCUGCUGCAGACCCAGAAGCGCCUGUGGUCCAAACCAAGCUCGGAGAUCUGAGGGGUCAGUAUUUUAGUGUGAAGGGGAAGGAGCCUGGAGUCCAUGCCUACCUGGGUGUUCCAUUUGCCAAACCCCCUGUGGGCCCCGCUCUAAGACUGUCUGCCCCUCAGCCUGUGGAGGGAUGGGAAGGAGUGAGAGACGCAACCAAACAGCCUCAUAUGUGUGUUCAAAACACAAAGGUUAUAAAGGACCUGCUAGAAGCUUUUGGUGGCUUAGAAGUCGAGGUUCCAGACAUUUCUGAAGACUGCCUUUACCUGAACAUUUACACUCCUGCUAACAGAGCUCCAGAUGCUAAACUCCCAGUCAUGGUCUGGAUCCACGGUGGUGGCUUUGCUAUGGGAUCUGCGUCAAUUUAUGAUGGUUCUGCACUGGCUGCUUACCAGAAUGUAGUUGUGGUUCUAAUACAGUAUCGCUUGGGACCCUUGGGCUUUCUCAGCACGGGAGAUGAGCACAUGCCAGGAAAUUAUGGAAUGAUGGACCAGGUAGAAGCUCUGAAGUGGGUCCAAGAGCACAUUCACAAUUUUGGUGGUGACGCAGAUUUAGUGACUAUAUUUGGGGAAUCUGCUGGAGGAGUAAGCGUUUCGCUCCUGCUUCUCUCCCCCAUGGCUGAAGGCCUGUUUCACCGUGCCAUUGCCGAGAGUGGCACAGCUGGAAUAGCUACUCUCAUCGGAACUAACCCUCUACCUGUGAUGCAGGCUGUGGCAAAUGCCUCUGGCUGUAGCCUGGAAAGCACAGAGAAGAUGGCCCACUGCAUGAAAAAUGUAGAUAUGGAUGUCAUUCUGCCUUUACUGGAGGACUCUUCGUUAUUAUACACCAUAACUGUCGAUGGGUCUUUCUUGAAAAAAGCUGUGGAUGAGCUCUUAAAAAACCACGAGGUCCACCGAGUGCCUUUCAUGACUGGUGUAACAGACGAUGAAGGAGGCUGGCUACUCCCCAGGUUUCUUUCCCAAGCAAACUGGACAGAGGGAGUGGAUCGGGAGAUUUUUUUCAACAUCCUGUUCUUAUUUUACCCUGACCCCAAAGACGCAGUCAUCAGAGACUGGAUAAUAGAGGAAUAUAUUGGAACUGGUGAAGACCGCGUACAAAACAGAAACAGAUACACUGAGCUCAUAGGGGACGUUUUUUUUAAUGUGGCGGCUGUAAAGACGGCUAAUGCUCAUAGAGAUGCUGGUGUUCCUGUGUACGUGUAUGAGUACCAACACCCUCCCUUGAUGGUGAGGAAAAAAAGACCAAGUUUUGUUAGGAGCGACCAUGGGGACGAAAUAUUCAUGGUGUUCGGAUUGUGUUUCACAACUGCUCAUGUGAAGAUCCCUGAGGAAUGCGUUGAAGAAGAGAAAGAAUUGUGCAAAACCGUCAUGAGCUACUGGGCCAACUUUGCUCGCACGGGCUCUCCAAACGGAGACGACCUUGCGUACUGGCCAAAGUAUGGAGAAGAGGAAAGCUACCUGGAAAUCAGAGCAAAGGAACAGGUAGUAGGUCAUCACCUGAAAAAGAACCACUUCGUCUUCUGGACUCAGACUCUGCCGCAGAAGAUACGAGAACACAGAACGGAAAUGAAUCAUGCUGAGCUGUAACAAAGCCUCUGCUGUUGUUGCAUUCGUUUGUUUCCUAAAACAACUUCACCACUGCAACAUACGUUGCACCUAAUAACUGUUAAAAGUUGUAGUUUUCACACAUUGCACUAAUAUUACAGAGGAUAUUUUCAGAAGAUGUUUCUAUGCUGAUGAUGCCGAACUGUCUAUGUCUGUCUGAAAGUGUCUGUCUGGAUUCUGAAAUAAAGAAUAGAAUUUGA